AUGAGGGCGGGCCGCAGACAAUCCAUGCCUCUUCUAACCUUAACAGAGACUGAGUUAGACAGCACUCCGACUGCCAAAGGUCUAGAUGAACCAAGUGUGCUGCGGCCUUCCGAUCCGGAUCCUUUCCUCAGUGUGGGCCUAGACAAAGUCCGGCUGCGAAGCCGGCGCAGCUCCGUGGCGCCAUUGACGCCGGAGGAGGUUUCCGGGGAGCAACAGAGAUCUUCACCCUCAUCUGAGCCUAGAUCUACUAGCUCGUCCUUUCUCACGCUUCCCGGGGCCGGUGAGUUCUCAACACCGUCAGAGACGGUCCGUGAGCCACGUCGUGACAACCACGGGUAUCUUCCCGAUCGGGUCCUGUUGGUUAUAUUUCAGCAUCUGGAGCUUCAUGAUCUACUUCGCCUCAGGGCGGUCUCUAUGCACUGGUCAGAGAUUCUCAGCAAGUCAACGGAGCUGCUUCGUUACCUGGACCUGAGUACCUAUAACCGGUGCGUCACGGAUGACGUAUUGGUGAAGAUCAUUUGCCCAUUCGUAGGUAGUCGGCCGCGAUAUAUCGACAUUAGCAAUUGCUUCCAUAUAACGGACGAAGGGUUCAGCAAGUUGGUUGCGACGUGCGGAUCUAACGUUGUCACCUGGAAAAUGAAGAGCGUUUGGGAUGUCACCGCAUCGGCUAUUCUUGACAUGGCGAGCAAGGCGAACAGCCUACAGGAGGUUGAUCUGAGCAAUUGUCGAAAAGUCGGGGAUACGCUCCUAGCUCGAAUUGUAGGCUGGGUAUCUCCUGGCCAGCAUAAGCCACACGACGAGUCGAAACCCGGGAAGGCGUCUAUGAAGCCUACCAAACAGACGGCCGCCGGGACCGUAUACGGCUGCCCCGAACUCAAGAAAUUAACCUUAUCCUAUUGCAAGCAUGUUACGGACCGGUCGAUGCACCACAUCGCAUCGCACGCUGCUUCCAGGAUCGAGCAGAUGGACCUUACCCGUUGCACUACCAUUACCGACCAAGGCUUCCAAUUCUGGGGUAAUGCUCGGUUCACCAAUCUCCGCAGACUCUGCUUGGCGGACUGCACGUAUUUGACUGACAACGCUAUCGUGCAUCUUACGAAUGCAGCAAAGCAGCUGCGGGAGCUAGAUUUGUCGUUCUGUUGUGCUCUGUCCGACACGGCUACAGAAGUACUUGCUCUGCAAUGUUCGCAACUGACCUACCUCAAUAUGUCUUUCUGUGGCUCCGCCAUAUCAGACCCAUCUCUGCGCUGCAUCGGCCUGCACCUGUUACAUCUUAAACGUCUUUCCGUCCGAGGCUGUGUUCGGGUAACCGGUGCCGGUGUUGAGGCGGUUGCAGACGGCUGCAACCAACUGACAUCCUUUGAUGUCAGUCAGUGCAAGAACCUCCUCCCAUGGAUUGAAGGCGACGGACCCCGCAAAUACGGGAAGAAGAUAUCAUUUGAGACUGUUGCGCAAAACGGAAGGGUCUUUCGCUGA